AAUUCAUAGCGAUUGCUAUGGUUACGGUCAAUGAGUUUUUAGUUAAAUUGAAGUCGUUGAUGGGAUUGGCAAACUUUUAUGGGAUUUUGCAAAAGUUGAUAAUUCAAAAAUUUUAUAGGAAUUCUUCAGUGUUUUUGUGAACUGUUAAAAUGACAUAAUAACGUGGUAGGGAAAGUAUGUUACUGUUUAUAGAAGCACACAUUUUUAUAAUGUCCAGAUCCAAUAAACCUCUGUUUCACUGUUAUAUUAUUCCAUCAUCCCCCUUAUGUAUUUGUGCCCAUCAUAUCCACUUCGAAUUUAUUUUUUGGCGAAGUUAAAGUAUCAUGUCUAUGCUUACGUCUGUCCAAAGUUCACUGUGCAGAACCAUUUAGAUUUAGGGGAGCUACAAAAGAUCAUUCUGAAUCACAAUAUACCUGCCCUUGUGAGUCUGGGGAGAGUAUGACAAUAAGCCUGUUGUCAUACAACUUUAUAAGAGAUAAAUUUUGCUAUAAAUGUAGUUCAUGCUACAAGAGAAACUAAUUGUGAGGGUAGAUACAGGAUUCUAUUUUUUUCACUGCGCUUUUUUCUGUUAUGGUUUGGGAAGUAGGUUAAAGAAUAGAGUUGUACAUGCAGUGCUCACAUAUCGUCAUAUUUUAUCAGUGAAACAUUUGAUUCCUUAGCUAAAGCAACCUCCACUUUGAGGUAUCUUAGAUGGAAUGAAAUGUUUCUUACAUAUCCAGUCGGAGAGAUUUAGAUUUAAUUCGGUAUACCAUUUAUAAAUGCUCUGUUGGAUGCUGCUGUAUGUCUGCACUGCGUGAAUGUAAUGAAUCAAUCGGAUUUCAUAUGUUUUCAAAGCAAAAUAAGCUUCACUUUAUAUUUUUGUGCUAUAAGGAAACAGUAGAUGAACUUUUUGUUAUCUAAGUAACUCUUUCAUCUUCCUGACGCCUGUUUAUUUUCCGUAGUUGACCAAAAUAUGUUCACCUCGAAGUAUUUAAUAGCACAGCUAUAUUUCUUGUAGCAUUACAGUGCUUGUAUAUUCAGUUGUUUGAAAUUCAUUCAAAAAUUCAGAAUGCUCAGCAGUAUCUUAAGGUGGACAACAAAAUUUACUGUAAUUUUUGUAACUUGUCGUUGCAUUCAUAAGCGAGCAUAGGCAAAUCAGUAUUAAAAGACAUUACUGCUUUGUGAUAAAUUAUAACUAUUAUUGGACCGCAUUCAUUCUUACUACAUUCCUAAUAUUUUACUAUUGUAGUCCACAUCGUCAGGUGCAACCGCAAGCCAUUUACGACGCAAUAAUAUGGUCUUAAAUAGGUUACAGUGAAAAAGUUAUAUUCGAAAUAUACUCGCUUAUUACGCUUUAUAUGUUAUAUUACUUCUGCCUGAGUUUUGGUAUUGUUUCCGUUUAUUCAUUAUUAUUCGGUAGGCUUUUUCAGUCCGUCAAAAGUCUUGCUUAGUCUCCCUUAGGCAAAGCAGUUACCAUAAACUUGAGAAAAAUGGCAAAAACUCUGUGAUUGCCUUAUUUUCCUGGAAUCUGCAUUCUUUUAUCUCCUGUGUGACUCAAUGGUUAUCAUAAUUAAUACUCUACAUAGUUAUAAUGUACCUAAAUAAUUGCAUGCGAUUAAGAAGGAAAAUCUAAGUGGUUUCAUGUAUACAAUUGUUUGUUCUGCCAUGUUCAUACUGAUACAGGAAUCACAUUUUUCAGUAGAAAUAAUGUCUUUUCACUUGUUUCUUUCAACAUCACUUUACUUAUCAUCAUAGUUUUUGCUUCGUUUGGAAAUAUUUGAAGCUUACAAAGUUGCAUGGAAGUUUCACGUUUCGUAUUUCUAAAAGCGACAGUAACAAUACGGAAGAAAUACUUGAAUUAUAAAAAAUAUGUGAAUGACCAAAUCACUAGUCUUCACGUAAAAAAAUCUUAAUCUACUUUCACAAUAACGAUCUAACCACAGAUUUUGCUGAAGCAUCUACAAGGAAAGUUCAUGAAAUUUCAUUGAACCAGUUUUGUAUAUAUAAACUUUGCCUCCCGGUAAGAAUAAGACUUUUAACACGGUUGUAAAGUAUAUAAUUACUUUCUAGGUAAGUUUGCCUGAUAUAGUACAAGUUACUGAUCAUGAUUAUCUCAAACCACUUACAUUUAGUGGCAUUCUGUUACUGUGUUUUAUCAAAUAAAAUUAUUUAAUAUUGGACUUUGCUUUUUAACUUGAGUUCUUCUUUACUAAUCUUAUUUAUAUUAAAAUAACCUAUUUAUUUGUCUUCCUAACAGACAAACAUCAGCAUUCAUUCCUAGCGAUGACUUGAGAGGAUAUGAAUAACUGAUUCAGUUUUCACAGAAAUGAGCAGUCAAAGUCUAUUGGAAAAUUUUAUCAACAACUAUGAAAUAAAAUUAAAAGAGACAUAUAGAAAUUGUGAUACACAUCGUCUAAGUGAAUAUAAUGCUGCCGUCAAAAUUCAGGCUUGGUUUCGUGGUAUCCGAAUUCGAUGUUAUUUGAAAUUUAUUAACAAAUGCACAAUUGUUAUUCAAAAAACUUGGAGAGGAUAUUUAGGCCGUAAACACUAUCGACUUGUAUUGUCUGAAGCUGUUGUCAGAUUUCGUAGAAAUAAAUUUAGUACAGCUGCAGCUAAAAUUCAAAGUGCGUGGAAGGGUUAUCUAACUCGGAAAUAUGUAUUCAACUUUUAUUCACGUAAAGUUUAUCUAUCAGCUUUAGUUGAUGUUGGAGAGUUUGUUAAGAGUCAAUUAAGUGAAUAUGAAAAAGAAAUGAAACAAUUAAAAGUCAAUGAGAAAGAAGAGAAUGAACGGAAAAGAAUACUUAAUUGGGCAAAAUCCCAUCAUUUCCUAAUUUCCACAUAUUGUCAACCAGGAAUAUAUCAACAAAGUGAUAAAGUGCCUAGUGAUAAGGAAAAGCUUCUAUUAUCAGUUCGUCAAGAAUUGAUAAAAGAAAAUAAGAAGAUACCACGAACUGUCGGGAGUACUGGAAUAUCAGCUUCGUCGUCAUCGUCGAAAAAUGAUUCAUCUUGUCUUACUGGAAAACAGAUAAAUAAACCUGUAAAAGUUAAAGGUCCAUUCAGAAAUCCUGAAGAAGUGAAAAAGUGGAUAAAUACACCGUUAAAUCUAUCCUUACGCGUGACAACAGAUUACUUUUCACUGGAAAAAGCUCAACAAUCUUGGAAGUCUGAGGAAUGGAGAAACAGAUUACACGAUGAUAAAUUUCAUGCCGGAGUUGUGCCCUCACUACCUUACGAACGAUUGUUAUGGUCUGAGUCAGUUUAUGGACCAAUUCCAUAUGGUACAAAACACUUUCGAAAAUCAGAGGAGGAAAGUGCACUGAAUUCAAAGAAGUGCAAACCCAUACGAUUUCGUAAUGCAUUACCAUCGAUUGGAUUAUUCGAUAAAUUUAAUAAGGAGUAUAUACCAGGCUAUGCAACAGGUUGAAAAAGGACUUGAAAAAAAAUUUGUAAAACAUGAAUUUCUAUCCCAGUUUUGUCGAAAUAAUGGAGGAAUAUUAGAUUUAAAAAGAAAUAUAUUGUUAUUAUUAUAAA